GACCAAGGUAGGUAACACCUAUGCUAAGCUAAGCUUCUCUCUUUGUUUUUUAGUUUGUUCUUCAAACGUUGGAACUGUGUCUGUCUGUGGAUUGUGUAAAGCUAAGCAGUAACAGAAAAUCAAAAACCUCUGCAAAACUCACUUAAGCUCAAAUCAAACUCUAACAAUGUCUUGCACUCUGCGACUCUCGUUUCCAACGCUUGCUUUUGAAUCUUCUAGAAAGACUAGGAGUAAUGGGAGAGCAACACCAACACAAACUCCUCGCCAUUUUCAUAUUCUGUGCUUAGCUUCGCAACCCAAACUUGAAGAAGGAGAAGACGCUGACCAUGUCAGGGGUCAAAGCCAGCCGCAGGUGAUAUUGGUGGAGAGAUAUGGCAAUGGGACCACUAAGAGGUACUUUUUAGAUGAAGAGUCACGAUUACAGACUUUCCUUGAGGAGGAUAGUUUGGUAACUGAUGGGUUCCAGGACUUGCAUGCCUCUGACAGUGGAUUAUUGUGGCUUCCAGACACUGUUAAAGAUUUUAUCUUACCUGCAGGAUUCCCAGGAUCUGUGUCAGAUGAUUACUUUCAGUACAUGUUGUUACAGUUCCCUACCAAUGUUACGGCCUGGAUCUGCCACGCAUUAGUCACGUCAAGUCUUCUUAAGGCUGUUGGUGUUGGCUCUUUCUCAGGAACUACUGCUGCUGCUUCUGCUGCUGCCAUCAGAUGGGUGUCAAAGGAUGGCCUUGGAGCUGUGGGACGCUUAUUGAUUGGUGGGUGGUUUGGAAAUCUUUUUGAUGAUGAUCCAAAGCAAUGGCGCAUGUAUGCAGACUUCAUUGGCAGUGCAGGAAGCAUCUUCGAUCUAAGUACCGCACUGUAUCCUGCCUAUUUUUUACCAUUGGCAUCUCUUGGAAAUCUUGCAAAGGCUGUAGCAAGAGGACUAAAAGAUCCUUCAAACCGUGUGAUUCAAAACCAUUUUGCAAUCUCAGGAAAUCUGGGAGAGGUUUCAGCCAAGGAGGAAGUUUGGGAAGUAGCAGCUCAGCUUCUUGGCCUUGCUCUGGGAAUACUGAUCCUGGAGACACCUGGCCUUGUCAAAGCAUAUCCAGUGUUGGUAUUGACAUGGAUGAGCAUGCGGCUUCUGCACCUUUGGUUACGUUAUCAAUCACUUUCAGUUCUACAAUUUGACACAAUAAAUCUCAAGCGUGCUCGUAUGCUGGUAAAAUCACAUGUUUUACAUGCUACUGUUCCGGGAUGUGUUGCAUGCAACAGGGAAGAAAAAAUUUUAUCAUGGCAAAGAUUCAUGAAGCCACGGAUUACAUUCGGCGUAUCCUUGGAGGAGAUGGUUGUUGGAAUGAAAUCUAUUUCCAUGGUGAAGGCCCUCUUAAAACUAUAUGCAAAUGAACAAUAUAUUCUUUUCGUAAACCAACAGCACGGAGACUUUGAGGUCUUUGUCUCAUUCAAGGUUGGAGCUACAAGCAUGUCUGUCUUGCGUAGUGUCUGGCAGGCUUAUUGGCUACAUGAGAACUGGGACAAUUCCAUUAAUGUCUUCCAUCAGCUUGCACAAAGCAUAUUGCAGAUGGAAGAUAGAUUUGAGGAUUUCAUCGAACAGCUAAAUAGAGCUGGAUGGGAUAUGCAUCAAAUAAAUUUGAGGGUCCCCAAGGACAUCACCAUUGAUGAUUCAGGUCCUGUUUGAUUGUUCAGGUAUCAGUGAUUUGUCUUCCUUGUUGGGGGUGGAUGAUCCUGAGCUUCUUUAUGCUCUCAUAAUGUGGGUUAUCACUCUCUUAGCCAAAACAGACAUGCCGAUGCCAUGCAUCACACUACCUUAUCUUGUUCCUUGCACCCAUUCUAUCCAAAAAUAAAUGGGAUGGCUAUGGGAGCCAUUAGGCUAGAAAAGACACUUUGACUUGAAUGACUGGCUGCCAUGCAUUGCGGUUCUGUCCUAGGAGGGGUGAUUCAGAUGGACUUGAGGUUUUGUUAAUGUAAACAAAUAUUUUUCGGCUUGUUCAAAGUUUUGAAGAGAUCUAUGGACCACAAUUUUGGAUCCUUUUGAUUU